ACCCUUUAUAACCUUCCCAUCUUCCACAUUUUUGCAACCCAUUGGAUUCAUCUUCUCCCUAUAUUUAUCUUUCACAUUCAUAUUUCAAAAGCUUAUUUCUUUACCAUAUAUAAAGUUUUAAUUCCCAUUGAUAAGCAAACCCAAAUUAACCAUUUCUUUUGGGUAUAUUGUAUCAUCCCUUGUUUCCUUUACACAAACUCAACAAGCUUAUUAUCAAACACCACCCCUUUAUACUGUUCAAUUUCCAAGUGUUCCUUCAUGGCAGAUCAGAAGAAUGAAAACCCGGAUUCGGGAACCGUUCGUGUUGAAUCUCCAAAAGAAAGAAGGAAACUUCCAAACUUUCUACUAUCAGUGAGACUCAAGUAUGUGAAACUUGGGUACCACUACUUGAUCUCCAACGCUAUGUACCUUUUGCUAAUACCCCUUCUAGGUUUAGCUUCAGCUCAUCUUUCAACACUUUCAAUCCAAGACCUUGUGCAAUUAUGGGAGAACCUCAAGUUCAACCUUGUCUCAGUGACUCUAUGUUCAAGCCUAAUGGUGUUUCUUGGCACCCUCUACUUCAUGACACGUCCAAGAGGUGUGUACUUGGUGGAUUUUGCAUGUUACAAGCCACGUGCGGAUUGCACGUGCACAAGGGAGAUUUUCAUGGAAAGGUCUGCUCUGACAGGGGCAUUCUCAGAGGAGAACCUGUCCUUUCAAAAGAAGAUUCUAGAAAGGUCUGGUUUGGGACAAGGGACGUACUUGCCACCUGCAAUAUUGAGUUUGCCACCAAAUCCAUGUAUGGCUGAGGCAAGGAAAGAGGCUGAAGAGGUUAUGUUUGGAGCCAUUGAUCAGCUUCUGGCAAAGACUGGGGUGAAGGCUAAGGAUAUUGGGAUUUUGGUUGUGAAUUGCAGCUUGUUCAAUCCCACACCUUCACUCUCUGCCAUGAUUGUCAAUCACUACAAUUUAAGAGGGAAUAUUCUGAGUUAUAAUCUUGGUGGCAUGGGGUGCAGUGCUGGUCUUAUCUCCAUUGACCUUGCCAAACAGCUUCUCCAGGUACAUCCCAACUCUUAUGCCUUAGUGGUGAGCAUGGAGAACAUAACUCUGAACUGGUAUUUUGGAAACAACCGGUCAAUGCUAGUCUCAAAUUGUCUCUUCAGAAUGGGAGGAGCUGCAAUCUUACUUUCCAACCGUUCCUGUGAUAGGCGAAAAGCGAAAUACCAAUUGGUGCACACAGUGCGCACUCACAAAGGUGCAGAUGACAAAUCCUAUGGUUGUGUGUUUCAAGAAGAAGAUGAAACAAAGAGAAUUGGUGUGUCACUCUCAAAAGACUUGAUGGCUGUUGCUGGAGAAGCCCUUAAGACAAACAUCACAACACUUGGACCAUUAGUCCUUCCCAUGUCAGAGCAGCUUCUAUUUUUUGCCACAUUGGUUGCCAGAAAAGUGUUUAAGAUGAAGAUAAAGCCUUAUAUCCCAGAUUUCAAACUAGCUUUUGAGCACUUUUGCAUUCAUGCUGGUGGGAGGGCAGUGUUGGAUGAAUUAGAGAAAAAUCUUGAGCUAAGUGAGUGGCAUAUGGAGCCAUCAAGAAUGACCCUUUAUAGGUUUGGUAACACUUCUAGCAGUUCCUUGUGGUAUGAGUUGGCAUACACUGAAGCUAAAGGGAGAAUAAGGAAGGGUGAUAGGACUUGGCAGAUUGCAUUUGGGUCUGGCUUUAAGUGCAACAGUGCUGUGUGGCGUGCUUUGAGGACCAUCAAUCCAGCUAAGGAGAAGAAUCCUUGGCUGGAUGAGAUUCAUGAGUUUCCUGUUCUUGUGCCCAAAGUUGCAACAAUUGCUUCUUAGAUCAGUUUCAAAACUUCUCUUCUUUUUUUUUUGUGUGUGUUUGAUAUAAAUUAGAGAAGGGAUCUAAAUCAAAGAAACUUAAUGUUUACAUUUAAUCUUAGGAGAUGUGCAAAAAUAUAUAGAAGAGAAGAUUACUCCCUCUAGCUUUGCCAGUUUCUUUGCUCUUGUAACCGUGUAUUGGAGUUCAAAGAGUGUGAAUACAGUUAUUGCCCCCUACUGAACAUUUUUUUUU